GCCCGGGGGAGCAGCGGGGGGGGCACUUGCUGAUGAUCGGAAGUUACUGACAAUAAGCACCUUCAUCCCCCCCAAAGGCGGAGAGAGAGGGAGAGGAGGAGGAGGAGGAGAGACAGGGGGAGAGGAGAGCUGAUGCCUAAGCGAGUCACUCGGAGGAGGCAAAGCGGGCGGUACCACAACUUCUCGGCGACGCGGAGCGGCCGGAGCGGCGCGGAACGGAGCUCGGCGGCCGGAUCGCUCCCAUGUCAGGGCGGCGGUGGGGACCUGCACUCCGCUAGCGUGAAGCCACUGACCUCCCCCUCUCCUCGCCCAGCGAUGUAUUCACUGCUCUCCGCCUGCACUUGCCUAUGUUUACAUUUCCUGCUGCUGUGCUUUCAGGUACAGAUGUUUGCUGCCGAGGAGAACGUAGAUUUUCGGAUACACGUGGAGAACCAGACGCGAGCAAGGGAUGAUGUGAGCAGAAAGCAACUUCGGCUCUAUCAGCUUUACAGCAGGACAAGCGGGAAACACAUCCAAGUGCUCGGCAGGAGGAUCAGUGCCAAAGGAGAAGAUGGAGAUAAAUAUGCCCAGCUUCUAGUGGAAACAGACACUUUUGGCAGCCAAGUCCGGAUCAAAGGGAAGGAGACAGACUUCUACCUUUGCAUGAACAGGAAAGGCAAGCUCGUGGGGAAGCCUGAUGGCACCAGCAAGGAGUGUGUCUUCAUUGAAAAAGUCCUAGAAAACAACUAUACGGCACUGAUGUCAGCAAAAUAUUCAGGCUGGUAUGUUGGAUUCACUAAAAAAGGGAGGCCACGGAAAGGGCCCAAGACCCGGGAAAACCAGCAAGAUGUACAUUUUAUGAAGAGGUACCCAAAGGGGCAAGUGGAGAUACAGAAACCUUUCAAGUACACAACAGUCACCAAGAGGACUAAGAGAAUACGACCCACCAACCCCAGUUAAAAAUAGACAAAAAAGUGUCACAAUAAGAAACCACAAAAAAAAGAAAAAAAAAAAAAACUGCACCAGAGGAAUAUUUUUACAUUAAAAAUAA